AGUCCGUGAAUGUGAAGCUUUGUUCUGAUGAAGCUGCUGCGUCCCCAUGACGACAUCCACAAAAGUCCACUCCCACUUUGGGAAGAGCUCAGAGUCCCUGAUCCCCAACGAUGGACGGUAUCGACGCUGUCUGAGGACGGAGAGAAGUCGGUCCACGUCCUGUGUGUUGUGUUGUGUGUUGUCGUGGUGACUUCAGGACUUCAGCUCGGGUCAUGGCCGCCUCACAGAGCGCUGCACCGUCUCCACGCCGCUGCUUCAUCACCUGCGCCUCCGCCGCUCUGCUCCUCGUCCUCUUGGUCCCAGCUUCCAGACAUGGACAGGAAGUGAGGCACGGACAGGAAGUGAGGCACGGACAGGAAGUGAGGCACGGACAGGAAGUGAGGCACGGACAGGAACUGGGGCACGGACAGGAAGUGAGGCACAGGCGAGACGUCCUCGUCUCCACAGAAGUCCCAGCGGAGCACAUCGACCCCGCUGCCAUCGACCUCACUCCCCUGGUCAAUACUCUGAUAAAUUCAAGCCAAUCGGGCUCGCGGCAGCUCUUCUCGCUGCUCAGCGUGACGUCAUACAGCUCGCUGGCUCUGCACAAACUCACCCUGCUGGUCUACAACAUCUCCAGCGUCAGGAGUGUGGAGCGCGACGUGUUCCGCAGAAGAUUCUGUUACUGUGUCACGAACGACACCAACGAUUUGACCGACUUCACCGCCGUCCUGCUGGACGUGAUCGGGAACUCCAGCAGUUUCCUGCACGAGCUUUUUAAAUCUGCCUCCAUCUUAUCGGUGAGUCAGAGGAACAACUCCGACUGUAUCUACAUCUGCGUGAUGGCAGGCCGAGCAGUGCCGGAGCUCUGGGACGUCGGCUCCAUCACGCCGCUCUUCAACCAGACCAUCGUCGAGGGGCCACACAGAGUGGGCAACGUCUCCUCCCUCACACUUCCUGUCGAUUGGAAGCAACUGCCCACGAACCUGAGUCACGUCGCUGCGUCGGGGCCGAGCUCCCUGUUGACCAGCAGAGUCCACGCCACUGCACACGGCGAGGCCCAGGACGCCGCGGCCCAGACAAUUUCACCGACGACCGCGACGACGGUGAAGAUCGUCUCUGCCGGACAAACUACAGGCGUCACGCCGCCAAGUCCGGAUGCACCGGAGACGACAACAGCGAAGACGACACACCAAGCAAGGAACCCAACAGGAAGUGCAGCUCAGACACGAGCUGCGUCAGUUCUGCAACCGGUCACAGGGUCGUCGGUGACGACGGCUGCGAGUUCGUCUCCGCUGACCGCGGCGUCGUCCGAGGCUGCGACAUCCUCGCCUGCUGUCAGUCUGACCCCGCCCACCUCGGCUCCGCACAUGAGGACCACGAGCCAACGCACGACGACCUCUCCGGCUCCUCCCACCACACUGUCCCCCGUCCGCCCGACAGAGCGACUGACGCCGACCGGCGGGACGACAGCGCAUCUGAGCGUGAGGACUACAGCUCCCAGCAUGCAUCUGCAAACAGAGAAACCAGGUUGUCCGUGGAGGAGGCCGGAGCCGAGCGGCGAGUGGUCGACGGUGGCGACGACGGUCGGCGCUCACAAGCUGCAGCCCUGCGUCCUGGAGCUCUGCCAGUUCUUCUCGCGGUGUCUCUGCAGAGCCGUCGACCACAGGAAGCGCAUGACAAGGUUCUGUGACGACAGCCACGUCUGGUAUGAGAAACACACGUCUGAGGUGUGUCGCCGCGUCAGGAGAGUCUCCUUCUCCAGAAAUCUGAAACAGAGAUGCCUGACAAAGAUGUGCAAUAAACUGUGACCAGAGUGGAAGCGGAGACACAAAGAGCCGUUCAUCAUCGCAGGAAGUGACUGAACCUGCCGGCGCAUAGCCGAGCUCACGACUGGAACAUCUGGCAAAGCUAUGGACUCGGACUCUGGAGAUUAUUCUCCAAAACCUUGGAUGGCUGGAUGGUUUUGGAGAAUUCUGACAGAAGCACGACUGGUUCACAUCUGUCACAUGAUGUCAUCACGUUCCUACGACCGUCGUUUGAUUUAGUUUCAACACUUAACGACUGAACUGUCGGAAAAAAAUUCUUCCUGGACUAUUUAUGACAAAUUGAAUCUAAAACCAAGCUCCUCAGAUCAACUGUGACUCUAAGUCAUAUAAAUACAAGUUCUUCUAAAGAAGCGGCUUUAGAUUUUUUCUUGUGUCAGUUAAAUAAAAAUGUGGGUAAUUUACCCAGCAGCCCCUG